AUGUAUCCUCUCCAAUCGGUUAUAAGAAGUGAAGGUCUUGGAGGACUCUACAGCAGCCAUAAGUCUUCUCUUUUUGGAACUGCUACAUCACAGGUAUUAGUAGGUACAAUUGCGAAACUUGUUGCUGUAGGACGAAAUGUAUUUACUAUAUAUCUCUAUCUAUGGAGACGAUAUGUUGUCUUCAUAGCUGUAUCUAUGGAGACGACUUGUUGUCUUUAUAGACACACCUAUAGAGACGACAUGUCAUCUCUACAGAUUUAUCUAUGGAGACUAUCAUCGUAUAGCGACGAACCAGAAAAGGAUGACAUGUUGUCUCUAAUGGCUACCUAUUGCGACAGAAUUUAUAGCGACGGCAAAAAAGAUCUAUUGCGACGGGGCUAUGGUGACGAGAGCUAUAAGAAACAACAUGCCGUACCGGAAACCUAUAGGGAGGACUUUUGGAACCUAUAG